AUGCCUCCCAAAGGUGGAAUUAAUAAACGGGAGCCACCGCGGCGUCGCAAGAUUGCCCUGGCUUGCGAGUCUUGUCGAGAUAAAAAGGUCAGGUGCGAUGGUAUCAAGCCAAUUUGUGGCCCCUGCGCUCGACGCUCGUAUACUGUUGACCAAUGUGUUUACAAGCUGGAUAAUGCAAGGUCCGCCAGCAAUGAUGAAUACCUGAAGAUUCUCCAUGAUCGUAUUCGAGAGCUUGAAGCAACAUGCGCGAAAGGCGGGGUUGCUGUGCCACCUGGGCCUUCGCAACAUAAAAACUACCGGGCAUCUGCAAGUCAAAGCCUUGUCGGUGAAGAUAUGGAUCUGGACGUAGAAUCAAGGGCAUCUGUUGCCGCGGAAGGAUUACUAGGACUGGGAUCCACCCCUGUGCCAUCUGGACCAAGUCCUCUGUCUUCUUCAACGCCUACUUUUCAACCGCCAAGAAUCCCCACGCCGAGGAAUCGACCGGAAGCUGAGCGCUAUAGAUCCCCACAUGCGGCACAUUCACAUCUGUCUCCUGAAUCUGCCCACCCACGAGCAGGCAGCAUAUAUGCUUCGCCGUCUCUCAACUCCCACGGUAAUGUCACCGCCAUGGGUGCAAUAUCUGUCGCAGAAGACGACCCAGGCACAGACUCUCCACAGGAGCAGCAAUACUAUGGGAACUCUUCAGUGGCCUCUUUUAUGCGACUAGCAGGAGAGUCGAUGCCAUUGAACAACUGA